AAUGGCCCCGUUGCCGGUCUCCCUCGAUCUGGGGACCCCCACGCCGCUGCCGCCCCUCGCCCCACUUUCUUGCGGCCCCUGCAACCCCAUCAUGCUGGCCCUGGGCUCGGUGGCCGCCUUCUUCCUGCUGAGCACGGCCGUGCUGGCUGAAUGCCUCUUCCGCCGCUCCCUGGGCUGUGAGGCCUCUGCCUCCUCCGCCGCCUCGGCCUCCUCCGCCGCCCCCGGGAGCACACGCUCGGCGGGCUGGGUCUGGGGCCUGGGUGGCGAGCUGUGGAUCGAGCCCUCCGGGACGGCCCGCCAGCGCUCGGAGGACUGGUACGGGGCUACCGUGCCCCUGCUCAGAAGCCAGGACCCCGGCGCCUCCAGGACCCCCCGGCUCUGGCGUCCAUGCCGCCAGCCCCCUGGCCCACCGAGGCCCAGGUGUCCGCCCUGCCCCCCGAUCUCUUCCUUCAGCGGCCGCGUCCUGUCUGUGGAGCCGGGCCCCAGGCCUGGGGGGUCGCCCUCCCCGCCACCCCCUGCCCGGCUUCCCAGGCCUCCGGCCAGCACCUUCUGGAUGCAGCCCCACUGGGAGGAGAGGCCCCCGGAGGGGCGUCUGAUGAGCUGGGGAGAGCCGGGGGCCCUGGGGUCUGGGGGAGGCUGGGGCAGGCAGCCCAGCCCAUUCUGGGAGAGCCCCGAGCCCGGGAGCCUCGAGCCCGAGUGGGGCCUGCAGCCCCGGGUGACCCUGGAGCAGAUCUUGGCCUUCUGGAGACGGGAAGGGCGGGGAGGGGGACCCUGAGCCCUGGAGCUGGGAGAUGCCCUGUCUCCUUCCACCCUCCCCUGGGACCUGGCCCUCAGACCUCCAAAACCCUGACGAGGCCUGGACCCCACCUGGUCCGGCCCAAAGAUGGAGAGAGGAUUUGCAGAGGAGCGGGACUUGGACUUGAAGGUGGUGGCGAGCAAAACAGACCCCUUGGGGAGGACAGGAGGAAGACCCCCUGACCCGAGUCAAAGGAUCACAACCAUCGGGAUGACUGACUUAUCUGGGGCUGGAGCAAAAAUUUUUGGGAAACCACGGGCUCUGGACUCAAAGCAGGUUGGGAGCAGGAUCCCAAUCAGCCACCCAGGGACUGGGCCGAGAAUCAGGUCAGCGUUCCUCCCAUGGGAGCUGCCUCCCCUCUGCUGUGAGCCCCCAGGGGUGGCUUGUUGAGGGGCAGGGGCAACAGGGGGAGACCCAUUGCUCUAGCAAUAAAAGC